UUUCUAGUUUCCUACGGUCCUACCUAGCGCAUGGUCCAACGUGUACAACUGAACACGUCGUGCAGUAAAAUCGUGAACUCGUGAACAAAAUUGUUCACAGUGGACUUGAUUAAACCAGAAAAACUAAAUUUGAAUAUAAAUUAAGAGACGGCGAUGAAGAAAAUUAUUUUCCUCUUUCUACUUCUGGAUUUUUUGAAUGGUUGGGCAGAAUCAAACUCUCAAAAAAGCAAUCUUCGAUUUCCAUUUGAUUUACCAAAAGGAGAAGGACCCUGGAUACGCCCAUCGAUCGGCCAGAUUUGGCCUCAGCCACAACUACAACAGUCUACCAACAAUUUCAUGGUACUGAGACCAAACGACUUCCAAUUUCAGAUCACUGGAAAUACUUGUGACAUUCUUGAAGAAGCUAUUCAUCGUUACCACGAUUUAAUAUUUUUCCCCAAAAAAGGAAGUGGAACUGCAAAACGAUUUUUGAAGUUAUCUAAAAAGUACAGUUCGUCUUGGGAACAGAAUGAACAUUUCCGAGGUUAUCUCGAUACGGUUGCCCUUCAUGUAAUGCAACCUUGCGAAACCUAUCCCUCACUCGACAUGGACGAGCACUAUGAGAUUAAGAUAGACGCGACCGACAAACCCCGCGAAGGUAUCAUAUUAAGUCAGAGUGUUUGGGGGAUAUUGCGAGGAUUGGAAUCCUUUAGUCAACUGAUCUACGCAUCGCAGAAUGGUAUAGCGUUUCAAAUCAAUUCGACCAUGGUGAUGGACUUCCCAAGAUUUCCGCAUCGUGGGUUGUUGUUGGAUUCAUCUCGACAUUUCUUACCCCUUGAUGUUAUCAAAGAUAACUUGGAUUUGAUGGCUCAAAAUAAACUGAAUGUGUUUCAUUGGCAUAUAACGGAUGACCCAUCUUUUCCGUACGAAAGUAGGAAAUUUCCAAGUCUAAGCCAGCUAGGAUCGUUCAGUCAGUACAGCCAUGUGUACAGUCCUUCGGACGUUCAAGACAUCAUCCAGUAUGCACGUAUGAGAGGUGUUAGAGUCAUCCCAGAGUUUGACACUCCAGGGCACACGCAAUCUUGGGGGCCGGGUUCUCCUGGUUUACUUACACGUUGCUAUAAAAAAGACGGAACGGCGGACGAUUUCUUCGGUCCUAUAAAUCCAGUCCCUGCCAAAAAUUACAAAUUCUUGAAAGAAUUCUUUGCUGAAACAUUUGAAGUGUUUCCUGACGCUUACAUUCAUCUUGGAGGGGAUGAAGUUGACUUCAGCUGCUGGGCAAGCAAUCCGGAAAUUAACAGUUUCAUGAAAUCACGGGGGUGGGGACAAGACUUUGCCCGUUUGGAACAGUUCUACAUGCAACGCCUAAUAAAUGUUACGCAAGACGUGACGAAAGGAGAUAUGCGUUACUUGGUGUGGCAAGAAGUUAUUGACAAUAAUGUUGUCUUGCCAACCGACACUGUGAUACACGUCUGGAAAGAUGGCAAUAAAUUCCACGAUGAACUGGCUCGAGUAACUAAAUUUGGUUAUCGAACCGUUCUUUCAUCACCCUGGUACCUCAAUUAUAUCAAUUACGGCGUGGAUUGGGAUCGCUACUAUUUAGCUGAACCGUUGGCAUUUAACGGAACUGAAAGCCAGAAACGUCUAGUAAUUGGAGGUGAGGCCUGCAUGUGGGGAGAAUUCAUCGACGCUGUAAGUGUGACAUCUACUACAUGGCCUCGGGCUUCGGCCGUUGCUGAAAGGCUUUGGUCGAAUGCUAAUGUCAAUGAUGCGCGGCUCGCCGCCCCACGCUUGGAAGAACAUAGGUGUCGCUUACUCCGUCGCGGCUUCAGUGUUAAUCCGAUCAAUGGCGUCAGCUAUUGCGAUGUCGAAUGGUGAUUUUCACUAUCCGCCAAAGAAAAUUUGAAUAUAUUAUACGCAUACACAAACAUAAAUAGCUUCGAACAUUGCAUGUAAACCUAUCGCUAAAAAAUAGAUAACUAGUAGACACGA